AUGGUGAUGAAACUGAUGCAACUCCUGGGAAUGAGAAACCACAAAAUCCCCAGUAGAAACCGGGCAGGAUGUCUCCGAGCAAAGAUUGUGGUCCUCACUGUAGAAUUGAAAUAUAAAGUAGGUAACAUCAACAGUCAGCUUCCCACCGGAGAUUGGUUCCUCUGUAGAUGCAGCAAUGCUGAAGGCGGUAUUUUUGCCUCUGGAGAUUGGAUAAGGAUUUAUCUCAAUUCCACUAACCUUAACAGGAUAGUUGGCUUUCUUAUUGCAGUAGUGAACCUUAGUGGAUUUGGCAGAAAUCCACCAGACAACAGUAAGAAUUCAGUUGACUCAGAAGGAGCGGCAGCUGAAACCAUUGGUCUGGAAGGACAAAAGGACAAGGAUCUUCAUGCUGAAAAGCAGAAAGUAGAAAAGUAUGAUCCAGUAACUGGUGAGAUCAGCUCCCAAAAUGAUGAGAAUGAUGACGAAAACAAGAAUUCUGCUACAGAAGAACAAAAGCUUGUGGUCUCUCCUAGUAAUGAACACGCAGACAAAUCUUCUGAUACUGGGGAAGAACACCCUGAACGAAUGAUCAAUCAAGAGGAAGCCGAAACUGGCCCAAUGAUUGAAUCAAGCAAACCCAGAUUUGCCAGAAGCUCUGAUACCAUAUUGAGAAAUUAA